CACAUCGAAAAUGGAUUUCACCGCUCUUUCUGCGCACGCGCGAGGAGCAGUAGUUGCGAGGGAGAAAUAUGGGGACUUUUGGUGCUCAAAAUUUCUCUUCGCCUAGGUACUACGGGGAAGAAAGCUGUUAGCUCUGUUUGUCCCUAGCCGAGCUUGCAGCACAGAAUCGACAGGAUGCGUGGGCGGCAAGACGAAAAAGCCGCGUCCGAGGUUGUGGACGCUUCCAGACACAAGACUGAUUUAUGCAGCAGGCGCUCCUUGGCUGCAUCUGCAAUGCUAGCUCAAGGCGAGAAUGCUUUGGGCACGUUGCCAUCUGCGUCCACAGUCAUCCUGGCACAACUGCCAUGUGGUGCAGCAAUGGCGCCUGCUGAACCACUCCGUUCAUUUCAAAAGGUGCAGGGCUGGUUCAUUUUGCUGCACCUACUCCGCUGUCGGUGCCGACUUGGUGCAGGCGUACAGGUGCGACGCAGCAGUGCAGCAGACAGUCCAGCACAUGGGCGCAAGCGCCAUUAAAAGCCCGCUUACGCACGUCUGAUGUGUGUACAGGUGUGGUUUGUAGUUAGGCCCACAAGCUGAUAAUACUUGUAGUUCACGAUCUUUCAAAUGUACGCACUCUGUGCACAUUAAUCAGGCAUAACAUAACGCCUGCACCGCAUCUGCACCUUGGCAUUCGUUUCGAGUGUUGCGCUGUGCCUGCACCGCAGAAACAAGCUGCACAAUUUCUGAACUUCUCGUGAACCUCCGUUAACUGGUUGACAGUUGUGCAGGUGAAUUGAACAGCCCUUUUAAGU